CACGGCCCUUCACCAUUUUUGCGGGUACACGUGUGCUGGCUUGAUUUUAAUUGUUAAAAGUGAAAGUUUAGAAAAAUCACGCGAUUAUCAUGAAAUUUAAACUCGUUAUCGACUCCGUCUCUCCCGAGAUAGAGUUGCUGAUAGUGACUGAGAUAAUUAAUGCUGAGGGUAGCGAUAGUAUAGAUAUAAUAUAUGAACAAGGAUUGCACGGAAAGGUUUCUUUAUAUGAUAAAGAUAACAAAUUAAUAAUAGAAGGAACUAAUAAUGAGAUUAAUCGAUACUUGGCAAGAACAAUAAAUACUGCACUUUAUGGUGGUACCUCUCUUCAUGAGAGAACAGAAGUCGAUCAUUGGAUGUCGUAUUCCAUGCAAAAAUUUACUGAUGUAUCAACAACAGAAAAUAAAUUGAAUUAUAUCAAUAAUAUAUUAAUAACACGUACAUGGCUAGUUAACAAAAGAUUAACAUUGGCCGAUGUAUACUUAUUUUGCUUUUUGCGAAACCAAGAGUACAUAAAACAUUAUGGAAAAGCCUAUACUAACAUUACUAGAUGGUAUAAGCAUAUGCAAUCACUUCCUGCAUUUAAAAACGCAUUGCAUAUAGUUAAAGACAUAGAAAAUUCUACAUCUUCUGAAGCAAAGAAUACAAUGCCUGAAAAGGAAAAAUCUGUUGUUAAGCAAACAAACAUGAAGAAACAGGAGGGUAAAUUUAUUGAUUUACCUGGAGCUGAAAUGGGCAAAGUAGUAGUAAGAUUUCCACCAGAAGCAAGUGGCUACCUUCACAUUGGUCAUGCCAAAGCGGCUCUCUUAAAUCAAUACUAUGCCGAGGCUUUUCAAGGAAAACUCAUCAUGAGAUUUGAUGAUACAAAUCCGGCGAAGGAAACCGUAGAAUUUGAAGAAGCUAUAUUGCAAGAUUUAGAAUGGUUGGAAAUUAAACCUGACAAGUUUACGCAUACUUCAGAUUACUUUGAUUUAUUAGAAAAAUAUUGUACUAAGCUAAUCUCAAAUGGAAAGGCAUUUGUGGAUAAUACUCCGGCGCAUAUUAUGAAGAAACAACGCGAUGGAAGAUUGAAAUCUGAAAAUAGAGACAAUUCUGUUGAAAAAAAUCUUGAAAUGUGGCAAGAAAUGAAAGAAGGUACUGUUAAAGGUAUAGAAUGUUGCGUUAGAGCAAAGAUAGAUUACGAGUCAACAAAUGGAUGUAUGCGCGAUCCAACAAUUUAUCGUUGCAAACCAGAACCCCAUCCACGUACUGGAAACAAGUAUAAUGUGUACCCUACUUAUGAUUUUGCCUGUCCAAUCGUGGACGUUAUUGAAGAAGUUACUCACACUCUACGUACAACGGAAUAUCACGAUAGAGAUGCUCAAUUUUAUUGGAUACUCGAUGCCUUGGAGCUGAGUCGUCCGCAUAUAUGGGAAUAUUCACGUUUAAACAUGACUUAUACAGUAUUGUCUAAACGGAAAUUGACGUGGUUCGUAGACGAAGGUAUAGUCGACGGAUGGAACGAUCCGCGUUUUCCGACUGUGAGAGGUAUUAAGAGACGAGGAAUGACACUCGAGGGUUUAAGACAAUUCAUCAUCGCACAGGGUAGCUCUAAAUCUGUAGUCUUCAUGGAAUGGGACAAGAUAUGGGCUUUCAACAAAAAAGUCAUCGAUCCCGUCGCGGUCAGGUAUACUGCAUUGGAUUAUGAUAAAGUAACAGUUAAUGUAAUAGAUGCUCAUGAAGGGUGGUUGAAUGUGCAAAAUCAUCCUAAAGAUCCUUCCAAAGGUAACAAGCGAGUGCGAAUAUGUCCUAAAGUAUUGAUAGAAAAAGAGGACGCCAAAUCAUUAAUUGUGGGACAGAAUGCAACCUUUAUAAAUUGGGGUAAUUUAAUGAUAGAAAAGAUAAAUGUGGACAAGUCUGGUAAUAUUGUAGACGUGAACGCACGAUUAAAUAUAACGGAUAAAUAUUACAAAAACACAUUAAAGAUUACAUGGAUAGCUGCACCAUUAGACAAAAAUGACCAGGCGGUCAAUGCCGAAUGUGAAAUAGAGUUAAAUCCAAUAAUGUGUUAUGCCGUUUACUUCAAUCAUAUUAUGGAUAAAGCAGUCUUGGAGAAAGAUGAUGAUUUUAAAGAUUUUGUUGCCAAGGAUACAAGGGCAGAAGUUAAAAUGUGGGGUGAAACAGAAUUGAAACGUGUAAAGAAGGGAGAGAUUAUUCAACUUCAGAGAAAAGGCUUCUUUAUUUGUGACGUUCCAUAUGCACCUAAAAGUUUAUAUUCAUUGCGUGAACAACCUCUUAUAUUGUUUCACAUACCCGACGGACACGCGACAACACCUUUUCCUAUUACGAGAAAAAAAACUGUAGAAAACACGAAAGAAUUAGCUGGUCAGAAUUCUCAUAUCAAAUCUGAAAAGAUAAACUCGGCGCAGGAAGAAAUCUUAGAAAACUUUGAGAAAGGUGUUUGUAAGAUAAGAGACUUUUUGUGUGAUAUAAUGAUACAUCAAGAGAUGAAACUGAAACAGUUCAAGUCCGCUUAUAAUGAGAUAACUGGACUUGAUUAUGAGAAAAUUCAAAUCACUUCUACUAAUACCAGCAGCAGCGAUACAAAGAUCAAAGCAAUAUCCGAACAACUAAAUAAACAAAUAAAUAAAAUACAAGAACUAAUAAACUCGAAAGCCGACAAGACCAUUGUCGACAAGGAAAUGAAAAAUUUCCUAAGCUUGACAAAUCACUAUAAAAAUGCCAUUGAUCGAGAGGGGAAAUUAACUGAGAGUACAGAUACUGCACAGACGAACGAAAUUUCACAAAUGAAAGCAAUAUCUCAAAAAUACAAAGAACUUACUAUAGCUUCUCGUGAUACGAGUACGGAAAUUUCCAAAGUAGUAGAAAUAUUUGAAAAAAUAAAAGAGCAAGGCGAUAAAGUGCGAAAUUUAAAGAGCUCGAAAGCCGACAAGAGCGUCAUUGAUAAAGAAGUGGAACUUCUUUUGAGCUUGAAAAACGAUUAUAAAAAUGUAACUGGGCAAGAUUGGAAACCAUCUGAACUUACUACAGCUGCUAGUAGUGCUACAACAAUGGAGAAGGAAACUUUGAAAGUGACAGAAAUAUCUGAAGAAAUAAAGAAGCAAGGAGAUAAAGUACGAAAUUUAAAGAGUUCGAAGGCCGACAAGAGUGUCAUCGAUAAAGAAGUAAAACUUCUUUUGAAGUUGAAAGACGAUUAUAAAAAUGCAACUGGGCAAGAUUGGAAACCAUCUGAACUUACUACAGCUGCUAGUAGUGCUACAACAAUGGAGAAGGAAACUUUGAAAGUGACAGAAAUAUCUGAAGAAAUAAAGAAGCAAGGAGAUAAAGUACGAAAUUUAAAGAGUUCGAAGGCCGACAAGAGUGUCAUCGAUAAAGAAGUGAAACUUCUUUUGAAGUUGAAAGACGAUUAUAAAAAUGCAACUGGGCAAGAUUGGAAACCAUCUGAACUUACUACAGCUGCUAGUAGUGCUACAACAAUGGAGAAGGAAACUUUGAAAGUGACAGAAAUAUCUGAAGAAAUAAAGAAGCAAGGAGAUAAAGUACGAAAUUUAAAGAGUUCGAAGGCCGACAAGAGUGUCAUCGAUAAAGAAGUAAAACUUCUUUUGAAGUUGAAAGACGAUUAUAAAAAUGCAACUGGGCAAGAUUGGAAACCAUCUGAACUUACUACAACUGCUAGUAGUGCUACAACAAUGGAGAAGGAAACUUUGAAAGGGACAGAAAUAUCUGAAGAAAUAAAGAAGCAAGGAGAUAAAGUACGAAAUUUAAAGAGCUCGAAGGCCGACAAGAGUGUCAUCGAUAAAGAAGUGAAACUUCUUUUGAAGUUGAAAGACGAUUAUAAAAAUGCAACUGGACAAGAAUGGAAGCUUGCCUUGAACUUGGAAGCAGAAUCAAAAAAGAAAAAGGAAGAUGCUUCUAAGCUUGAAAAAGUGUCACCGGAAGAAAUUGCGAAAAGCACGACCAGUAAAGAUACAAGUAAAACGGGCACGAGAUUAGGAUUGGAAGCGAAAAAGGAAGAGAACUUCUCCGACUGGUACUCGCAAGUUAUCAAAAAGAGCGGAAUGAUCGAAUAUUACGACAUAUCCGGAUGUUACAUUCUUCGUCCGUGGAGUUUUGCAAUUUGGAAGAUAAUAAAGGAGUUUAUCGACAAGGAGAUAACAGCGCUCGGUGUUCAAGAAUGCUAUUUCCCGAUCUUCGUUACUCGUGGGGUGUUGGAGAGGGAGAAGACGCAUAUAGCGGAUUUUGAGCCGGAAGUCGCAUGGGUGACAAAAUGUGGCAAAUGGGAUUUGUCAGAGCCUGUAGCUAUACGACCGACUUCGGAAACUGUCAUGUAUCCAUCUUACGCCAAAUGGCUGAGGUCGGAUACCGAGUUACCACUCAAGCUCAAUCAAUGGAAUAACGUUGUGAGAUGGGAGUUUAAAGACCCCAAACCUUUCAUACGCACCAGAGAAUUUUUGUGGCAAGAAGGCCAUAGCGCGUUCGCUAGCAAAGCGGAAGCGGAAGAGGAAGUGUUGACUAUCUUAGACAUGUAUGCCAAAGUCUAUGAGAAUUUAUUAGCAGUUCCCGUUAUCAAAGGUCGUAAAACUGAAAAAGAGAAAUUUGCGGGAGGCGAUUACACGACUACUGUCGAGGCGUAUAUUUCGACCAACGGUCGCGCGAUACAGGGAGCAACGAGUCAUCAUUUGGGACAAAACUUUUCCAAGAUGUUCAAUAUUCAAGUGGAGGGUGUCAAAGAAGACGAAAAGACAUUUGUCUAUCAGAAUUCGUGGGGUUUAACUACACGAACGAUCGGAGUCAUGAUAAUGGCACACGGAGACGAUAAAGGUUUAGUGUUACCACCGCGUGUAGCAUCUAUAGAGUGUGUUGUUAUUCCUUGCGGCGUAACUGCGAAUAUGCCUGCAAUAGAGAAAGAAUUACUUCAAAGCGAAUGCAGCAAGUUGGUUGAUGAGUUGAGUUCCGAACAAUUUAGAGUGAAAGGCGAUUUUAGAAAUAAUCGAACGCCCGGAUGGAAGUUUAACCACUGGGAGCUAAAAGGCGUACCCGUGAGAAUCGAAUUGGGUCCCAAAGAUCUUGAGAAGAAUCAAGUAACAUUCGUACGAAGAGAUAAUUUCCAGAGAAUACCUGUCCAAAGAAAUGCGGUAGCUACAUCAUUGAAUUGCUUAUUGAAAGAUAUACAAGUGCAGUUGUUUUACAAAGCAAAGGAGAAUCUCACCACGCACAUUAAGCAAGUAGAAAAAUGGAGCGAUUUUUGUCCCGAGCUGAAUAAAAAGAAUUUAUUACUGUCACCUUUUUGCGGUGAACCGAAGUGUGAAGAUAACAUUAAGGCGGAUAGCGCGAGAGAGGAUACUGAAGAUAACUUUGACGUGUUAUCAAUGGGCGCCAAAAGUCUUUGUAUACCAUUUGAACAGCCGAUAUUAACAAAACCACUGGAUGAACUAGAAUGUAUUCAUCAUAGUUGCAAAAACAAAGCAAAGUUUUAUACUCUUUUUGGGCGCAGCUACUAAAACAUAGAUAAAAGUAAAGCUCGUUUAUAUAAUCAUAAUUUUUAUAAUUUGAUUGAAAUAGAUUUAUGAUAAAA